UGGCCGGUGCGCUCUUGCGGGCCGCCUUGGUGGCCAGCUGUUUGCGCGGGGCCUUGCCGCCCGUAGACUUGCGCGCUGUCUGCUUCGUACGAGCCAUGCCAAAAGCGACCUACAAAGACAUACCACGCCAGCACAAACAUGCCGGGCAGACUUGCCGGUAUUUAUAGUACGUAGGGUGUAGUGAUUGGAUGAGAGAAAUGCUUAACUACAAGUCUACAGGCUCUGAUUGGUCUAUCUCUGAAUUUUCCAACAACUGCGCAGUUUCAUUGGCUAUCACGUUAUCCUCAGCUCUUUCCAAGGUUUUGUUUCUUCCACUUCCGACUUUCACAGUCUGAAUGCAAUGCUUUUGAACCUUACCUUUCAAAACACUAGACAUGGACUUCAUUGGUAUUGCUUCAAAGGUCUAUAUUUCUUUUGUCCUUCGGGAGGAAAAAUUGAGAAAUACUGUCCGCAAUAACGUACUGUUUAUAGUCCCUGCUCAAUAACCCGAUAUCAGGUUACAAAUUUCUGAAAUCUUUUUCAAAAAUGUGAUUCUUUUGUAAUGCUUAAGUUGAGGAACUCCUUUGAAUCCGACAAGACAAUUUCAACCAUAAUCAAAUUACGCUAGCGUUUACAGAAAUUUUCCUGUAAUCAGGAAUCUAUUUGUUAAAUGUUAAAGCUGACUUCUAAACGUGGAGCAUUCUUAUGUGUCUCGUAUACCUUAUAUCUUCUAAAGCCUCGAGUGCAUUUUGCCAGGUGUAAAAUAGCAGUGACUAAACUCUCCAGUACCGACCUCUGAGCCUUGAGGAGGAGGCGUGUCCUCGUUCCCAUCAAGUGGAAAUCAGAGCCACAAGGACAAAUUUACCACUGCCAAGGCCUAACCUUACAGUUUUUAAAAUUCUUCCAAGCUUAAAAGCAUCAGAUGUGACAGAUUUGUACUAAGAGUAGGCAUACCAGAUUCUACCGUUUGAUUGGUUGAGUCUUUUAUACUGAUCAGCCAUUAAGAAAAGAAAUCUAGCAUCUUCAUUUGGGUGGAAAAUUCGCUAUUUUAUUUGAAUCCAAUGGCUACACAGGAGUCGGGAACCUUUGCUUAAAUUCCUGACUCCAGCAUUUUCUUUUAAACACCUGCGUUUAAUUAGAUUCCUCACUUAUUAUACUAAGAAAAGCUUGAUUUUCAAAAACUGUUUCACUUACGAAACCUUCCGUUCUUGGAGAAAGGUUGUGUACCUGUUAGUGUCAUCGACUAUCCUUCAAAGGCUUAGCUUCAGAUCGUUCCCUUCCAAAUUGUUAGAAAUUACGUGUUGCGUUUUGAAAACCUGCACCCUGGAAAAUGGGAAACGGUUGAGAACGGUAGGGAAGAUGGACGUGGGAACAUCACAUUAUUGGCGGUAAACUGGCAACCAGCCCCUCUGUGGUUGGCGGGAAGCAGGGAGGCUCGGGUUACCCAGGCCCGCGCGGACUUGUUUGAGAACCUCUGCCGCGCAGCGCGGGAAUGAGACGCCACUGUCUUCUCCCGGCCGCCAGGCGACUGCCCAGAGCCUCUCGUGAGAGGCAUUUUGUUCUUUCAUGUUUCUCCACGAUGUGAAAUCGCUUUAGCGGUGUUGAUACUUUUCAAUGCUCCUUACAGCCACAAGGAAGCGAAAGGAAGAUCGCUCUAAGCAGUUGUGUCCUCUCGCUUUCACACAAGGAACCCUAAGCCCCCACAGUCCUCCCGGCGCUUGUUUGAUGCCCCUCCCUUGCCUGGUUUUGAGCUUCAGAAGUCUUUGGUGAAUGCGACAUACUGACAGGGAACAGGUGAUAGGUAAAGGGGAACAGCCGCUGGUUGGGGUUACGUGGGAAGGAUGAAAAGGCAUCGGGAAUUCGUGCAGCGCAUUGGAUUGUAAAAAUAAGUUGCAAUCACACUUGUAUAUUGUUUUCUGCACGUGCAGCUUGCGUGUUAACUGCCGCGUGAGUUCUGGUGUUUCCCACGACACUCCUCUGACCGAAAUUCACAAAAGGCCGGGUGCAGGCCUAUCAGUCUUCGGCGUUGCCGGCAAGGCCACGGCACUGAUGAGAGCUGGUCCCGAACCUGCAAGACGAGGCCUCCACCCAUCCACACACACACACCCCCAACCCAAGCACACCCCGCUUUCCUCUCUCCCUCCCGCCACUCAAGACGCCACCUUUCACGGUUACUAAUUAGAAACAGGCGCCCCUGACAACACCCAGCUGAAGCUCCUCGGAUUCCUGUUUGAGGGCCCCGUUUACAAACAGCUCUCCCUCCGCCCCCCGAGAUGAGGCCGGUUUUGCGGUCCGCGCUGAGGUCCGGGGGCCGCAGAGCCCGGCCCCUCCCCGCCCCGAGUUUCCGUGCCCGAAGCGGCCGGGGUGGCGGCCGGGGGCCCGCGCGCGCCCGCGCGCGCGGCUGGCUAGAGGGACCCGGCGGAGAGGCGGCGCUCCGAGGCGAGAGGCGAGCGGGGCGAGCACCAAUCACAGCGCGGCCCCGCCCUAUAAAUACGCGGCGCCGCCGUCCCCGGCGUCUUCCUGUCCCGUCAGGUCCCUGCAGUUGGCUCUGCCCGCCUCCCUCGCAGCAUGUCCGAGACCGCGCCGCCCGCGCCGGCCGCCUCCACUCCCCCCGAGAAGCCCGCGCCGGGCAAGAAAGCCAAGCGACCCGCGAAAGCCGCCGCCGCCAAGAAGAAGCCCGCGGGCCCUUCUGUGUCCGAGCUGAUCGUGCAAGCCGUGUCCUCCUCCAAGGAGCGCAGCGGCGUGUCCCUGGCCGCGCUCAAGAAGGCGCUGGCGGCCGCCGGCUACGACGUGGAGAAGAACAACAGCCGCAUCAAGCUGGGCCUCAAGAGCCUGGUGAGCAAGGGCACCCUGGUGCAGACCAAGGGCACCGGCGCCUCGGGCUCCUUCAAGCUCAACAAGAAGGCCUCCCCUGCGGAGGCCAAGGCCAACCCCACAAAGGUGGCGAAAGCCAAGGUGACGGGCGCCUCUAAGAAGCCCAAAAAGGUCACGGCGGCUGUUAAAAAAGCCGUCAAGACCCCGAAAAAGGCCAAGAAGCCUGCUGUAACCAAGAAGCCCUCCAAGAGUCCCAAGAAGCCCAAGGUCGUGAAGCCUAAGAAAGUAGCCAAGAGCCCUGCCAAAGCCAAGGCUGUGAAGCCCAAAGCGGCCAAGGCGAAGGUGACCAAGCCAAAGACCGCUGCCAAGCCCAAAAAAGCGCCCAAGAAGAAGUAAAGGUUCCAGUUGGAAGCUUCUUCCAAUAACCCAACGGCUCUUUUAAGAGCCACCAA